UUUCACCAUUUAAAGUCGUACUCUUUGGUGUAUCUAUUAGCUAACCAAGACACAAAGCUCGACCAAAGAAGGAAUACAUAAGUUCACAGCUUGAUUUUACGUGUAUCGGUCAAGAUGAUUUCCCGUGUCUUCUUCGUAUUUUCUCUCAUCCUCUCCAGUUCCUAUGCUGCUAUGCAAGACUUUUGUGUUGCAGAUUAUGCAGCUCCUCAAAGCCCUGCAGGGUACGCUUGCAAAGACCCCGUAAAGGUUACGGUAGAUGAUUUCGUGUUCUCUGGCCUUAGGGUUGCAGGUAACAUCUCAAGUAUCAACAAAAUCGGGCUCUCGGCGGCAUUUGCUGUUAACUUUCCUGGUCUUAACGGCCUCGGCGUUGCUCUGGUUCGUGCAGACUUUGCUGUUGGUGGAGUUGUUCCGAUUCACUCACACCGUGACGCUACAGAACUCGUUAUCCUUGUCGAAGGAACAGUCGUUGCCGGGUUCAUUGCCUCGAAUAACAAGGCGUAUGUGAAGACUCUGCACAAGGGUGACACUAUGGUUUUUCCUCAAGGUUUGUUUCACUUCCUAGUGAAUGUCGGUCGUACUCCAGCUCUAGCAUAUGCCAGCUUCAGCAGUGCAAACCCAGGUGUGCAGACUCUGGAGACAGCUCUCUUCCAAAACGAUUUACCUACCGAAAUCAUAGCCAAGUCCACUUUACUUGACAAAGUUCAGAUUCAGAAACUUAAGCGUCUUCUUGGGGGUAGCUAGUAAGUAGUAACUCAUCUGUAUCUUGAUAUCUAUGUUACUAUAUAUGUAUAUAUAUACCCAAAAAAAGAAUGUGAUUGAUGUGCAUUUCUUUCACCCGCCCUUAAUUAGGCGCUUAUUACUUAUUUCUGCUUGAUUCUUGUACCAAAAACAACAACGUUCUUGUACGUUCCUACUGCUUGUUAAUUGUGGGCAUGGAUUAAUAUGC